CUGGGUUUCUCCGAGCCCUUGAGAGUGCUCGGCGCUGCCCGUCCUGUGGUCCCAGCCACAGGCUCCUUCCAUGGGCUUGGCAGAUGGCAAAGUCCUGGCCCCGGUUUGUUUUGCAAGAAAAAAAGGUUUCGAAACUGGUCGGAGGCAGCCGGAGGAAGCGGUUCUCUGUAAAGCAGGCUGCCCAGGGGUGGAAAGGGAUCUGCUAUCAUGCUGACCCCUUAAUUAAAAGGUGGCUCUUCAUCAAGGAUUCCUGUGCCGGCUGCUGUCCCCAGUCCGUGCACGCCCAGAUGCAACUGAGCUGGCAGUUGUCAGCCCUGCUCCGUGCCCAUCAACCGGGCCCCUUGCCUGGUCCGUCCCAGCGGUCUCUCUGAAGCCCUGGUGCGGUUCUCUCUUAAGCGCCGGCUUCCCCUCGAUGGCAGCGACAGCUUUGUGUAAACCAGGAUUAUGGUUCUGAGCAGAAUUAGUGUCUGGGAGACUUGUCAGGCUGCAUUAGAGUGAUGCGCAGAGGCCUCCUGCUUUUGGGGUCUUGGCUUUACCCUGAAGAUGGGUGCAGGGUACCACAAGUACUCAUCCCCCUGCUACUUGUCCUUGCACUGGUGUGACAGGGCUGUCAGCUGGGGCUAGGCAUCAUUUUGGUUCAGCAAACAACCCCAGGGUCAGUUCAGCUGUGGCCAAGAAAGGGACCUGCUACAGAGUUGCGUUGCGAUCUACAGGAUUCUCUUGAGUGCAUAACUUAGGGCUGCUGAGAAGGGCUGAUUUAUGGACAAAGAGCUGGGAGAUGCGGAUCAAGGGCUGAGAAUCCGGAUGGGUCUCUAGCCUUUGCUCACAUCUUACUGUGCUUGAUCUUUCAGCUGCAGGAACUUUCACUCAUAAGAUAUUGGCUUGCUAGAUGAUGGCCAUUGCAGGCUGCUCAGUUAAGGCUCACUGAAGUCAGUGGAAGCCUUUCACUGGGCUCUUGCUAAGGCCCCAAAUAUGGGACCCACAUUUACCUAAGUGAGUAGACUUGUUAAAAUCCAUGGUACCACUCACACAAGCAAGUAGGAUCAGGUUCUUGAAGAAUUAAUGCCACGUGAGCCCUCUGCGCAUAACUGAUGGCAAGGAUAGCAAAGAGUCCAGAACACUUGGUCAUUAUGGAUCCAUGGAUCCUUUUGCAGAAGAUGAAGUUAAAGCCUUUGUAACCUGGAUAAAAUCCAAUCUCGGGAACAAAUUACACCCUAGCUCUACUCUUUGUAGUUUCAUGUUGGAAACAACUUCUCUCCUCUUGUGUUUAAAAGAGUAAGAGCACCUGUGCACCUAGUUCCUUGCUCAUCUAAUCUACUUUCCAAAUGAGGUGUCUUCAUUCUAGCAGUGAUUAAACUAAUUGCGUGGUCUUUAAUGAACUUGGGAACUGUCCAAGUGGAAGGCAUGGCUAUGUGCCAGCAUGACCAAUAGACACAAAAGAGUAAGAAGUUGAGCACUGAUUGUUAAAACCUGGGUUUGCUGGCAUUAGAGCAUGUGCUGCUUAUCAAAACCUGUAGGAGAUGAAAGAGAGCCUUCUGGAGUGUCCAGGUGGGAUACUGAGACCAUUUAUAGUGAACAUGAAAGGUUCAGGGGAUGCAAGAGGCUUUCCUUUACUCUCUCUUUCUGUGCUUUGAAUGUUUAAGGACACUGACCACCUCUGUAUCUCAUUGAAAUCAGUGGGAGAAGUUCAGCACCUUUGGAAAACCUUGCCAUAUUUUCAGGCAGGAUGCUGAAGUGCUGAUCAGAGUAGCAAUGUGACCUACAUUCGCAAGGAACCAAAGCCGCCCCCAGCCAACCAGCCUUUCACAGCACCUGUACCAUGAAACGACACAAGUGAAGCCCCCCUCUCCACACUUCCCACGCUGCCUUGCACCGUUCACUGCUGGCAGCAGGACAUGGCCAGCUCAGUGUCAUGGGUGCACUGGGCAGAAUCAGACCUUAGCCAUGACUCUGGGCAGCCCUGGGAAGAGGAGGUGGAGGAGGAAUUUGGGGGACACAUGGAUGAGAAUGGACUUGUGGUUACCACCAGCCAGUGGGACACAUCCCCCUCCCAGAGCCGUGCAGAACUGGAGUUCCUGGGAGAUGUCAGAAUUACUGAGGAGCCAGCUUCCCUCCCAGGUCACUCAGCACAGAGGGAAAGGAGAUUUGAUGUCGGUGACUUGCAGGACUUUGAGUUGGGAGCAUCCAGAGAAGAUGUGGACAGUGCUGCGAGCCCAUCCCCUGAUGAUGGAGAGGAACUAGAGCAUGAUGGGAAGCUGGAGGACCCCAAAUCCCCAACAUUCUGGUGUCCACGGAGAGACAAGCAACUGGACAUGACUGAAGAUGAUGAGGAUCAAGAUAGUGUGGAGGAAGCAGAAAGGCAAGGGGAUGACUGGGAGGCAGGGAGCGAGGGGGAAGCCUACCCAGAGCUCUCCUUUGAGGUCCAGUAUGGCUCUGAGUACAGCAUCAGCCCUGAUGCCACAAGGGAUGCCCAGGCUCCAUAUGAGGACUGCAGCAAAUCCAUUAGCUUCACCACUGAUGGCGGGGAUGAGGUUUCGGAGCACUCGGACAUCAGCCCUUCCCCCUAUGGUGCCCCUCCAGAGCAUUUCUACAGGCCAGCCCGAAGAGCUAUAGGAGAUGACUUUGACAGCCUCAGUCAGCUUGGAGAGAGCCUGGAGUUCCCUGCAGAAACUGAGCUGUCCUCAGCCUCGGGCAGACACCCAGAGAGCCCUGAGCUGAGCCCAGUAGCCAAUGCCACCCCCUGGAGCCUGACUGGGAACCUCCUGCGCCACGUGUCUAUGGAUGACCUUCAGAACGCCCCAAGCAUCGAUGCAGAGACCUUCCCCGAAUCCUCCUAUGCUGAGAGAGUAGAGGAUCCUCCCAGAACUGUUGCCAAGACAACCUCUGUUGAUAGAAUCAGGGCAUCCCACCACCAUCCCGGAUCUUCAGCUAAGGGCUCCAAGAGGCCCAUGGGUGCAUUUAGGGUGGCAGGGAGUCCCCCUCCCCUGCGAAGGGUCAGCAGCCAGCCCCAGGACAGGGCUCGGAAGCUGAAGAAGACCAUCUCAGCACUCCCAUCCAAGUUCAGCAGGCAGUCCAGGUCCCUGAGCCCUCGGGGAGAGGCCACCGGGAAGAAGGAGAAGCGCUGCAACUCGCCCAAAGCAACCCCUUCCCGGCCAUCCCCAGCAACAGCUGAAAGCUCGCGGUAUGGCCGAGGCCAGCUCAACUACCCACUACCGGAUCUCUCCAAGGUGGAGCCACGGGUGAAGUUCCCAAAGGAUGACCAGAGCUACCGUCCUCCCCGGAGCAGGACUCAGCCCAUGAGGGUCAGGGGCUCUGGGAGCCCUGUGAUCUUCAAGUCCCCUGCAGAGAUCGUCCGGGAGGUAUUGCUGAGCAGUGGGGAAGGCUCCCCGCAGAAGUGCCCUAUCCCUUCCACCGCCAGGAUCCCCGAGGAGUUCAAGUCCCCCAAGCAAGCCACUGAGCUGGUGCAGCAGCUGCAGGAGGACUACCACAAGCUGCUGACAAAGUAUGCAGAGGCUGAAAACACCAUUGACCAACUGCGGCUAGGAGCGAAGGUGAGCCUGUACUCUGACCCUCCAAACCCCAGCCACAGCGUCCACAUGGGGAUGGUGUCUCAUGGCUCCAAGAUCAUGGCCUUCAGCAUCCCACAAAUUAGGACAGCUGAGUUCAGUGCCACCUCGGCUCCAGCCCAGCCAGCGAUCCUGGGUGAAGGGUACUCAUUAGCGCCAAGAGACCAAGAUGCAUCCUCCUUGGAUCAUUCCAUACUUGCUGGUUUGCCAGGGACUGAUGGCUGCACUGCUGCAGAGAAGCCGUUCCUAGGAGAUCCCCUGACACGGACCCUGGCUGGUCAGACAAGGAAAUUCCAAACACAAGUGGAAUCCUUUGAAGAGUUGAUCCAGAUGAGACGACUGACCCCACAGGACCAGCUGAAGGGAUUUACAAAGCUAAAGGACACGCAGGAAGCUCUGGAGCGUGCGUAUCUGCAGGCACGUGAAGAGUACCGCCAGAGGCAGCAGUGCCGAGGCACAGCAGAGCCCCUGGAGGAGUUUGAUCCAGACAGAGCGGUGGAAGGGGAGAUAUUCCGCCUGGGCAUGUGCUUGGAGGAGCUGAAGGAUGGGAUUGACCGAGCGGUGGAGAGCCAGACCUCUCCACAGAAUUGCUUCGAGCCACCCUCAUCUUCACGCUGCUUGCCUACGCUGGGCCCAGAAGCGCAGGUCUCCUCCCCGACUCCAUCAACGCAUGCCCCAGUCCCAGCUCUCCGCACCCCCUACCCUGAGAGCUCUGCUACAAGGGACAACCAUUUCCAACAAGUGGACGCAGAGGUGAGCUCAGCCAGCGGAGACACUGAAGGAGAAAAAGAGGAGCUUCCCAAGCCACUUCAACACAAACAGCUUCAAGUGGAGGAGGGCUUUGAUAGUCUGCUGGACCAGUACAACAAUUUCAAGUCUUUGCCUGAAUCUCUGAGCGUGGAACAGCUGGGCUUGGAAGAGAACAGAUCCUCACAGGAAGUGGAUGGCCAUGCAGCGGGGGAUGCUGGGGUGGAUGAGAGUGCUCACAGGACAUUGUCACUGGAGAAAGAAACUAGCCGCGGGACCAACCGUGGGACACCCCAGCCACAGCCCCAGGAGAGGAAGCUGCACCACCUCCCCCCAGAGGAACACCAGCAGCUGGUUGGGAGGAGUAGCUGUCCACCCUCUGUCCGGGGUGAAGAGUCACUCCCUCGGACAAUGCCCAUCAAGGCCAGGCCCCUGGCUGUAAUCCCCAAGGCAGCUUUCCGGGGGCAGCAGGAACCACUCUCCCGCCAAAGCAGCAUGGCCAGUGUGGCAGGCAGCACUGCUUCUGACCAUCUUCCGCGGAAGCCUUUCCAUCAGACAAAAGCUUCACAGUCCGAGGAUCAACGCAUUGUAUCACCAGAAACGGACAGUGGAUUUGUGGGCUCAGAGGCGAGCAGGGUGUCCCCACUGACACGCACCCCAGAACAUCACCCCUCUCACACUGGGAUGCCUGGCAUGCUGCAGAAGUCUGCCUCUGCAUCCCCCCCUGCUGUCCUCCGUGCCUCUCUGAAGAAAGACACCAGCCCGUUAUCCUCAGAAAAGGGGCUGCGGGGCAUGUACACACCCCCCAGGCAGGUCCCACCAAGGAGCAGUGCCCGGAGACACAGCCUGCCCCACAGCAGCCCCUCCCAGACCAGCUCCCCUCCUCAGUGGACAAACAGUAGUAUCACCAGCGAGAUGGCACCAGAUGCAGACAGUACUCACACAGACUCUGAAGCUGAGGGACAAAGCGGGGACAGCACCUACGAUCACCAUCCCAGCAAAGCAAGGUGUCCACCCAGCUCCACCACCCUGUCUCCUUCUCCAGUCCGGGCUCACCAUGACCUCCUGGCCUCUCGCAGGGAACGAGACCAGGCCAUCCGGGCUCUGCAGGAAGAGGUUUUGCGGCUUCGGCAGAGGCUGGAGGAGAGUUUGCAUCGACCCCAAGGCUACCCAACAGGAAAGGCAUCUCCACGCACUGCAAAGACCAAAAGGAAGCCUUUGGAGAAUGGUUCCUCAGCCAGGAGCCCAGCAACUGUCAGAAAACCUGCAGAGAGGAGCCCAGGUGAAUGUGGGGAGCCAGCCCCAGUGAUCCAGCCAGCGAGGCGGGCAAGGUCAGCAUCACUCCCGCGGGAUGGGCCUGAGCUGGAUCUCACUUCAGAAUCAGACUACUCCCCACCAAGACUUCUGGAUGGGAGGCCCAGAGCAGUGUUUUCCUCCAAGAAGAUCCCAAAUGCAGCAACAUUCAAAGGCCAUUACACAGGGACAAAGUACCACUUAUCGACUCCCGCAUCCCUAGAACCGAAGGAAGACACUGGCUCGCCUUCUUGCAUCCAUUGCCACAGCCCCAGGACACAAUCUGGCAGUGCAUCAGCAGGGGACAUCUUGAGAUCCUCUCAGCAUAGCACUCCAAAGAAGAUAAACUGUCCAGCCUGCAGUGGGACCAGAAGCACUCCAACUUCUAAAACUACGGGCAAAGCAGCGAAUGUAGCAGAUCAUGGCACAGAGAGUGCUUCUUCCCAGCGCUCUGGCCCCAGUCGCAAAGCCGAGAAGUGGCAGCAGCAGCCGCCUGGACUUUGGUACCUGCCGACCCCACCUUCUGCCACAGCCGUCAACUACAUUCCAGCAGUUCCUCUGGUGCACUAUGCACCACCCCUUGUCUACUGUUCUCCAGCAGCAUCUACCUCAGUCCCCACCCCGGCUGGCCUUCCUCUCCAUUACCCCAGUGGGUACAGGGUGCCAGAGCUGAAGCCCCGGACUGACUGGCAGCAGGCGCAUAGGCACCACCGCUCCUUGACACUUGAUCUUGACGACCUUGAGGACCUCAACUGGUCUUUGAACAAAGCCGUGGAGGCUGCCAAGAGUGUAAAGCUCACCACCAAGCAGAUGAGCAGGUCACUGACCUCUGAACUGAGUAAGGCCAAGGGCCUGAGGGGAUCCUGCCUUUUCUGACGGGACCUGGGAGUUGGCUUCCUUGGCACGUGGAGGAAGCAGUCUGAUUCAGCAGACCAGGCCUGGUAAAACACCUGGAGAUGAGACCCCGAGAACUGUCUUGGGAACUGAUUUGCCAAAGAAUAACAUGCCUCUUCUUCAGCUUCCAACGUCCCAUUAUGGCGUUGGGUGUGUGGGAGGAGGGCCUCCAUUUCACUUCCUGAGGACCCCGUGCUUGGAGCCUCCUUGCUGGAUCUCCAGGAGCUGUGUCUGAAGCCCUGUCUACACAGUCAUCUCUGCCCAUCUCUGAAACCAUUCUCCCAUAUUACAGUUGCCUUAAUUAGCAACCUUCUGAUUGCUCUGGGCUGCAGGAGGCUCCAGGGUAGCAGAGGGGGUGCCCAUUGCACUGAAGGGGCAGCUAGGGUUCGGUCCAGCUCCUCUGUACUUGGUCAGUAGCUUUUAGUUUCUGUGGAUUUUUUUCUAAAGGAUUAUUUGAGAUGAAGGCAAGUGGUGACACUCCUUGGGUACUAGACUAGGAGCCUUCCCAGCUUCCCAAGGGGCUAAGACCCGCACUUUAGAACUCCCCGGUUUUGUCUCGAGAGAACCUUCUAUUUUCUGUAACAUUUUAGCACCUAUCCUCCUUAAGAAGGGGGCUUCUCCUUAUUGCCUGUCUUGGGAUACCGGUAUUAAGCCCAUGGCUUUCUCGCUGCACUGUGAGAUCCCACCCAGGAGCCCCUGCAUCAUUCCCACCUAGGCCUUAACCUAUCAUGUUGCUCAAAUCUGUCCACUUCUACAUGGAGAUAUCCCAAUAUACAGCAUGUGACAGGGCUGCUGAAAGCAGCCCUGGUGGUCCAAACCCUGUUUACAAGCUGAGCUCUUCCUAGAGCAAGUCUUAUUUUGUGCAGGCCCUAUUGCAAUAAGAGCUGAAGGCCUGUUUGCAGCGAAGUUUACCUCAGAGAGUGCUUGUGAUGUCUUAGGGGUCCAUAUAUAUAUAUAUAUAUAUAUAUAUAUAUAUAUAUAUAUGUUAAAGGUUGGAAUGGAGAUGAGGUGAGAACUGAAAGAGCUUUGUUAUCCAGAACUCAGCCUAGCUGGGGAUUCGGUAUCAUGGUUUGCUUCUCCUCUUUGUCCCUUCUCCCUUCUCCCACCCAAAUAUCCAGACAGUUCCCCCCCCCCCCCAGCCCCCAGUGCAAUUUACAACUUGUGCGAUGAAGGGAAAAAAUGUAGGACACUCCUGUCAGUCUAACCCCCUAGGCACCAUCCUCACUAGACCAGUGGUUAAUCCAGCCUUGUUUAACACUUUCCAAAGAUGCAGUUGCAUGCCCGUUAACUGUUUGAGUGCCUUAGGAUGUGCAGUGCACCUCUGGGAAAGGAUCAGGUAGCGGAAAGAGGCUUAAGUGAACGAGCACAUCAGAUAAUGCAGUCGAAAUAAUUUGUAGCAGUUUUUUAAAUGAUUUCAUUCACACCUGGUGUUUUGUAGGGGAGGAGGAAAUGUGGAGGGUCAACUGCAUUUUCUGUUCCCAAUGCCUGAUUCUGGAAGGUCGUCGUUGUUCUACCUUCUUGAACUCAGCAGAAGUCCAGUGUGCUCAGCCAGCGGUUUGGGCAGUUUAUAAUGCUCCACGGAUGUUUUGUUUGUUUUAAUAUGGUUUUCAUUGGCAUUUGAUUUUUACUUUCACAAACAUUUCAUAGUGACAAAGGUACCCAAUCCUGCACUCAAAGCUAUGGGCAUGGAGCCCUAUUUAUUUAGUCAAAAAAACCCAUGAAGACGUACGAGGAAAAAUCACUUUUUUUAUAUUUUUGGUGAAAAACUUAUUUUUUUUUCAAGCAUAUUGGCAGGUGAAGGAACCCAAAAUCUUUUUCCCCUCCUGUUUUUAAUAAUCUCCCUCCCUUUUUCUUGCGUUUUGAAAAAGGCAAGGGGAGAAAAGAGAGAGAAACGUGAUCAAUAACUAAACAACUGAAAAAUCACUGAGAACCAAAAAAUAUUUUUAAAAGGUCAACAUUUUAAGAAAAUCUGCACAGCCAAUCGUUUUUGAAGAAAAGCACUUCAAAAAAAAGUUUCAAAAAAGAAUUUUUAACCACUUAUACUACAGUCAGGGUGCUUUUAUAGAGAUAUAGGAGUCUGAGCUAUAUAUCUACCCAGGUCUUAUUUUCAGGAUUGUGAUCUAGGUUUUUAAAUUCCCUUUCUGUUUUUUAAUAAUUAACCCUCCUAUAAAUCAGAGGCCAAGUUGAAUGUUUCCUCCUUAUAAAACCACAUGUGCUUUCCUGUCCAGUUAGUUUUAAGGUUUGACUUUUAUCAAGCUGAAUUGAUUCCUUUAAAGAUACCCCACUCGGUAUGUUGAUAUAGUCAAUAUUUCUCAUUUGGUAGCUGGUGAGGUCAACUUGCUUUCUUUCUCUGGCCUUGGAUGUGUGUGUGUGUGUUUAUAUAUUUCUCAAAAUAGUCCUUAGGGCAUUUGAUGUUUUAUAUAUAAUUUAUUGUUUUGUUUUUUAAACUGAUCCGAAUGUGCAUGUGUUUAAAUGCAUCAGAAGGUGCAUUAAGCAAACUCCUCUCUAACUUAUAAUGGUGUUUUGUCUGUGCCAAUACAGCGUAUAUGCUGGGGUUUGUUAGAUGAGUAGUCAGAAAGUCGCACAGCCGCCCCAGGGAGCUGGGGCAACCUCCUUUGUUUCUGAGGUUGUGCCAUAUCAGCAUAACCCAACAGCUUAUGGAGCUGUUGCAGAAGGGGUCAGGCACUGUUGAGGCUGUGUUCCUCUUGCCAGAGGGCAGGUUAGCAUGGAUCAAAGGAGGUGGGAUUUUCUGCACAGGAGAUUCUCUGCAUGAGGGUACAUCCCAGGACUGCUCCCUACCCAGCACUGUGAAGUGCUUUAUCCUGUUUAAAAUGGGUCCAGUUCCCAGACUGAACUCUGAAAGCUUCCAUUCUAGCAAGAUCCUUUCCUUAUUGCAGCAGAGGCAGACGUUUUGUGAGGGGGUCACUCACACUCAACCACUAAACAUGGUACUUAACUGUAGCUUCUAAAGCAGCAGCUCAGAGAGCAUCUGGUCAUUACUUUAAACACUUGAGCUGUACAACCCCAUGUGCCACAUAAGCUCUAGGAGAAUCCAGGAGAGAAUGGAGGCUGCAAGUACAACUCUGACUCUCUGGUUUCCCAUUCAGAGAGGAAGUGAGAUGUAGAAUCGUCUUUGAAAAUUGUCCUGAGUUCAUGAGCCAAAAAUGAAACCAGCAUAUAAUAAACUGGCAUUGGAAGGUUUGCAAGAGAGUCAGCUAGUCAUGCUGGUCUACACAUAGACAUUGCACUGAUUUGAUUGAACACCAGUUCAACUAAUCCCUCAUGUGGACACUUUAUAGUGAUUUAAAUCAAGAUAUAACAAACAUGAGCUAAUCUGCUCUCAGCCAGCUUUAUACCAAUUAAGACUGUUCUCUCUCUCUCUCUCUCUCUCUUACACACAUAUAUAUGCAUACCUGUGUUAGUGUUGUUGCAUGGGUUUAAAAUCGCAUCUUGAGUGAAACCAAUGCAGGUUUGUAUGUAGACAAGAUUUGCAAAGCAAAUGGUGAUUUUUGGAUGCCUAUCGGGAUGCCCAAUGGCAAUUUGAGGAAAGGGGCACCUGAAAGUGACCCAAUCUGUGUGACUUUCUUUAUACAUGGGUCUUACCCCAACUGUCCAUUUUAAAACAUUGUUUUUAUAAUAUAUAAUAAACCCAGUGGUAACUGUUUUUAAUGCAGAAGGCAAAUCAGGAGGUCCUGCUCAUUUUAGGGAACUUGUGGGGACUCUGAAGAAGUUGUCCCACCACAGACUGAAUCACGGGGUAAGAGGAAGUUAUGGUUGAUCCAUCACACCAUCAGCAGUGAAGCCUGUUUCAAAAAACACUGAAAAAACAGGGUUGCUUAAUAGAGAUGGUCUUCAAAUCAAGAUAGAGAGCAGACCUCCCCUGAGUUAGGGAUAUUUUGGCAUCAUCUCUUAAGAUUAACCUCUUAUGAGGGUGUGCAUGCAUGUGCAUGCUUGCAUAGCUCCGUCCAUUGUCACUGGAACCCACUGACAACAAACUGGUAUGUUGUCAGGGAGGGAGAGAGAGGCCCUUUUCGGUACAUCCGUUGUAGCAAACAGCAGUUCCUGUUUAAUAGGAAAGGUCUGCUCAGAGCAAAGUUGAUCUGUGUGAGUUAAGACUUUGCUAGAAGCAGCUUCCAUUGGGUGGGACAAAUUCGGACCCAGUAUUUAAGGGUGCAACAUCAUCAACUCUGCAGGAGUUGCACCUGCUUAGAGCAGCUUUAAAUUUUGCACAUGUGCUUGUUUUCUUAUUGCAAAGCGAGUUGUACUGUGGCCAAGAGCAGCUGAGCUAUUGAAACCAGGAAACUGUGAUUAACCCAGCCUCGCUGGGAGAGUGCAAGAAAUUUGUGUGUGCGCGUGUGUGGAUACUUAAUUCUAUUGAAAUGCAAUAACCAGAAAUGAAGGUUACGUUUUCUGCAUCCCUCAUUUUGUAAUAAUCUAGCAGAGCCGUUUGGACAGUAUUUUGUAAUGAGAUGAUUGCCUAUUUUUUAAUUAAAUAAAUUCUGUUUCGUUUGUUUUGUAAAA